CUCGUGGAAAUAAACAAAAGUUCCGAAAACGUGAUCUCGCGAGCGAUUUAUUCCGGAAAUGUAAGACGCAAAAAAUAGAAGAAAAUGUCGCGAAUAAUUGUGAAAAACCUCCCCAAUGGGUUCGAUGAGGCGAAAGUGCAGAGCCACUUCAGCACGUGCGGCAUCAUAACCGACGUCCAGCUGAAGUACACACCAGAAGGCAAAUUCCGUAACUUUGGCUUCAUCGGGUUCGAGAACGAGGAGCAGGCAGCGAAAGCGAUCAAACACUUUAACAACACCUUCAUCCGCACCUCGAAGAUCUCCGUCGCACCAUGUGUUGCGCUGGGCGAAACGAAGAAUCUGAAAAUUUGGAGCAAACACGCCCAGAAACCGGUCCCGGGGUCCGAUGAAAAUGGUAGUAAAUCGGCUGACGAGAACGAUAAUACCGAGUCCAGCGCAGGGAAGGGCGAGAAACCGAAAGCUCCGACCGCGAAGACGAUUCUCGAGCGGCACCAGAAUGAUCCGAAGUUUCAAGAGUUCCUGGAAGCGCACAAGCGCGCCGGUAAACUCGUGUGGGAUAAUCAAUUCCAACAGUCCGAAGCGGAAUCCACAACGAAGACACCCAGUGUGCCGGCGUCAUCGGGUGAUGAGUCAACGGGCGGAAAGUUCGAAAAGUCUACGGGAAAGAAGGUGAAGACCGCGGAACCGAAGAAACCCGCGAUAACGCUGUUCGUCGCCAAGGUGCGAAACUUACCGGCGACUACGAAACGGCAGGAUAUGCUGCGGUUUUUCAAAACUGCCAAACCUUACUCCGUUCGCAUCCCUCCGAAGAACAAGGGUUUUGCGUACGUCGGGUUCAAGACGGAGAUUGAACUCGAGAAGGCGCUGCUGAUGGACAAAAGCUUUCUCGGCGGUAAGCAGGUGCGGAUCGUGAACUUUACCGAUCAAAACAAUCGUGCCGCGUCGGGGGAGGAUAAGAACGGCGAGCGGCGUGCCAAGCAAGCGAAAUGGGAACGACAGCGUGCGAAUGUGCCAAGCGAAAGUAUCUGCGAAUCGGGCAAACUGUUUUUCCGUAAUCUGGCCUACUCGGUGAAGGAGCAGGAUUUGCGUGAAAUUUUCGAAAAGUACGGUCCCGUGGUAGAGGUAGACGUACCGAUCGAUUCCAACACACGCAAGCUAAAGGGCUUCGGAACGGUUACUUUCCUGAUGCCGGAACACGCCGUCAUGGCAUACAGCGAGCUGAAUGGAACGUUUCUCCAAGGUCGCAUGUUUCAUAUUCUUCCGGCAAAGGUUGAUGAGGAUAUGAAAGAGGGUGAGAAUGGUGAUUCGAAUUUCAAGCGCAAGAAGGAACAAACCCAGAAGAAGCAGGCCCAAUCGUCACACAACUGGAACACGCUGUUCAUGGGCGAGAAUGCGGUAGCUGUCGCGAUGGCCAAAAAGUACGGUACAUCAAAGGACGCGAUCUUAAUGUCAACGGAGGGUAGCACCAGUGCCGCGGUUCGGUUGGCACUCGGUGAAACGGAAGUGGUACUAGAGAUGCAAAGCUUCCUCCAGGACAAUGGCAUCCAGCUGAAUGCCUUUGACGCACCCAAUCCAAAGCGUUCUAGUACGUUAAUUUUGGUGAAAAAUUUGGCCCCAAAGUGUACAAAAGAAGCACUACGGGAGAUGUUUGAAAAGUUUGGCAUUCUGGGCCGUGUCGUGCUACCACCGAGUGGUGUUACCGCAAUCGUGGAGUUCCUGGACCCGAGUGAGGCACGGAGAGCAUUUAAGAAGCUGGCGUACACAAACUUUCAAUCGCAACCACUGUACCUAGAAUGGGCGCCCGAAAAUACGUUCAAAUCGCCUACCGCACCGGAUGAUGUGAAGAAGGUGAAGGAAGAGAGCAACGGGAACUCAACGGUUAAGGAAUCGCCGGAUGAGGAGACAGUCCGCGCUGCUGCCGGUACGAAUGUGCCCAAAAAGGAAGAAGAACCUUUGGAGGAUGACACUGAACCUGAGGAAGGCACAACACUGUUCAUCAAGAACCUUAGCUUCAAAACGGUUGAGGCAACGAUACAAGAGCGAUUCCGUAAGGUUGGACCCAUCCAUUCGGUACAGAUUGUACGGACAAAAAAUCUGGUCAGCGGUGGUCCUACCGAAAGCCGUGGCUAUGGUUUUAUUCAAUUCAAGCACCGCAAGUCGGCUGAUCACGCGCUCAAGAACCUUCAGCUGGUGCAGAUCGAUGGGCGACCGAUCGAACUUGCCCGCAGUGAUCGUGUCCUCAAAACGGCGGCCGAUGAAGCCCGGAAGAGCAAGGCAGGACCGAAGCAGACGGGCAGCAAGAUUCUCGUCCGCAACAUACCGUUCCAGGCGAACGCGUCGGAAAUACGGGACCUGUUCAAACCCUUUGGCGAUAUUAAGGUACUUCGAUUGCCCCGCAAGAUGGUGGCGAACGCGGACGAAAGUCACCGUGGUUUCGGAUUCGUCGAGUUCGUUCGGGAACCGGAUGCUAAGCGGGCGUUUGAAACGCUCGGACGCAGUACGCAUCUUUACGGUCGCCGGUUGGUACUGGAAUGGGCUGCACCGGAUGAUGGUGUGGAGGAGCUACGCAAACGGACGGCCCAACAGUUCGGUCAGUCAAGUACGGCCGCCAAACGUAAUCGCAAAGGUGUGCAAGAUGCGGCGGAGUUUGUCAGCUCGGCGGCCGAUCAGCGACAGCAGCAGCACGGUGACGACGAAGACGACGAUGGCGGUGAUGGAUCCGGUGAGGAACGAGGAGCCUUCUAAGCUAGCAAAUCUUCCGUAUGCGAUAAGAGCGUUCGUACGUUUUGUUAAAAUGAAAUACACACUUUUUGAGGUAUACAAGAGGGGGUCACUUUACUGAUAAACUAGGGUCC